UUUUCCAUUUCAGAUACUUUAUAAGGAGGUUUAGUAGCCCUAUCAUACUGUAACCAUGCAACUUGAAAUCAACCACACAUGAUGAAAUCACCACGUAGGAAAACUUUCCUCAUCAUGUUUUGUUUCUGUCUGUUACUUUUAUUCUGCCACACAGCAUGGCAGCAUUAUGUCCAAAAGAAAGAUCUUCAAAUUCCAUUUUAUGGAGAAUCUGCAAAUGACUUGCUCUCUCCCCUUGGUUCAAAGAAAGAGGAGAUGAACAGGCUGAAGAGCUUCCUCAGCAAGACAUUGUUUGAGUGCAGACUGAAGCCACCAGCUCCAUUUGCUUCUGAUUUCCCCCUAUGCCUUUAUGAUCAUAGAGAUAAGAAGUCCCUCUACAAGGUGGAGAGUGUCAUUAUCAUCAGACCAAAACAGCCAAACAGGGUGACAAGUCAACAAGGAGUAACUGAUGGACCCAAAGAAAAGAUGCCUGUGCAUACCUUCUCAAGUGUGAAUUCAUUCAUAGCAACAGAUGCUCACAGAGAAACUUCUCAGUCUCUAGUGAAGGUUCCAUACCAAGCCCUUGUGGUAGAGAAUGCACCUGCAAGAGAUGUUGAGCAACUGAUGUCCACAAUUCCUUCAAAUGAAUUGUGGUACCUGUAUCUCAAAAUUCCAGGAGAUGGGGAGGUGGAAGAAUUGUUCUACUGGUAUAAAGUUGUCAAUAGGAUCUACCAUGCCCAUGAGAUGGUACUCUUUGAUAUCAAGUAUCUGUGCAAGGAUGGUGAUAGUCCUUGUGAAUGGAUUACAUCAUGGCUCUGUCCUCAUCGUGUGAUCUUUCCCUCUGACUAUGAUACUGCUGUUCGAUCAGGUGAUGAGGAAGCUAUGCAACUGCUCCAGUUCCUCAGUCAGCCUGUAACUCAAACAACAUGCAGCCUGAACAAGGACUUGGCCUUUGAAGAGGUUCUAGCAGGGCUGGGGUGUCAUGUGUAUCUCUUCAAUCCUUUCUUGGAGGCAUCUCCCAAGUCCCCAAAUAUCUUUGUGCAGCAUUACCUAGUUGGACAUUCCUCAAGCACUUAUUUUGUGUGAGCAUACAUUUUGUCAUCCUUUGACUGCAUUAUCUUUAGGUGACCAUAAUCAUGAUUACAGUAGGCAUAAAAAUGAUGAAGUCAAACCCCACAUUUACCUUUUUUUUCAUAGUUAAAUGGGCUUAUUGCAGACUAAGUUAUAAUCACAACCUCCUUCACGUAGCUAGGACAGCUACUUGAUGCAAUUGUGGUGCUGUUUAACCCAUCAUAUUUUAAUAAUUACCCACCUGGAAAACCACCAGUCUUUGGCAAGGGGCUCCUAGUUCCAUUGUCAUGAUUAUAACUAAGGACUCACCAAUGGUAGCAUUUAGACUAAAUGGACAGGGAGCAAUUAUGAUCUCAAAAAUGUAAAAAAAAAUGCCAG